CUGGAGGCCCUGCAGGCUGCCUGCAUCCCUGUGCUGCUGAGUGAUGGCUGGGAGCUACCCUUCGCCGAAGCCAUCGACUGGAGCAAAGCUGCUGUCGUGGGCAACGAGAGGCUCCUGCUGCAGAUCCCCUCCGCCGUCCGCUGCAUCCACCCGGAGCGCGUGCUGGCUUUCCAGCAGCAGACCCAGUUCCUGUGGGAUGCAUACUUCUCCUCCGUCGACAAGAUCGUGCACACCACGCUGGAGAUCAUCAGGGACCGGCUGCUCCCGCAGCGCUCCCGCUCCCGCUUCCUCUGGAACACGCUGCCCGGGGGGCUCCUGGCUCUGCCCGACUUCUCCACCCACCCCGGGGACUUCCCCUUCUACUACCUGCAGCACGGCUCCAGCCCCUCCGAGAAGUUCACAGCUUUCAUCCGCGCUGCCUCGCCGGGGGGGUCCCCGUCCCAGCCCCUCCUCAGGCUCAUCCAGGCCGUCUCUGGGUCCCAGCACUGUGCCCAGAUCCUGGUGCUGUGGAGCUGUGAGAAGCCACCACCACCGAGUGGGAAAUGGCCCCAGACCACCGUGCCUCUGACCAUCAUCCAGGGCACGGGGAAGGGGCUGGUGGACGGCCUGGCCGCCUGCGAGGACAUCCUGAUGAAUGUCCUCGUGGCCACCGUCACCAAGCUGCCGCCCAUCAAGGUCACCCAGUGGAGGCAGCACAAAGAGACGGUGCCCCAGCAGGGCUACAUGCCCCUCGUGUCCUCCCAGCUGCGCCUCGACCCCGUCCUCUUCAAGGACCAGGUCUCUGUCCUGCGCAAGAAAUACCCACGCUUGGAGAAGCCCUGA